CUUUUAACCGUCUUGAAGAUAUAACAAAAACUAUCAAUGUAUUAAAAGACUUUAAAUCAAAUAUUGAACAACUGAAUUAAAAGCAUUCCAUAGCUACUCCUCAUACCACGCCACAAGCAUCUCCAUCAACGGCAGUAUCCGUACAACCUAUGGCACAAAAAUCUAAUAAGAGAAACGGUCCUUUGAAAUAUAAUGAAAAACCUAGAAAAGCUAUGAAAUCAAAUAUUGAAGAUACACCCACUAUCACAAGUGAGGUGUAUUCCGUCAAUGUUCGUGAUUUGGCUAAUUCUAAUGAUCAUUUCGCUCCACAGCCUGCUCCUAUAUAUGCUCAACAAGGCGUUGUACUUCCAAAUGCUCCACGUACUCAUACACAUGCACCGUUAGAUCCCGUGCUUUUGAAGAAUCUUGAUGAUAUAUUCAUAAGCUUUUUACAAACCAUUUGUUCAAAUUUGGAUGCUACGGAUUCAAAGGGUGAACAAAUUCAUCAGACUUUAAUGGCAAAAAAGAUGCAAAAGUUGGAUGAAUCUCCCGACUUUCGACCAUUCAAAUUUCGAAUUCAAGCAUUUACUAACGCCUUUCAUGAAGAACUACUUCGUCAUGGAUUUAACGAAGAAAUGUUACCGUUAAGAAAAGUAAAAAAUUAUUUGUGGACGCAAAGAUAUAUUUCUCGGUUCAAUGAGGAUGGUAAAAAGGCAAAGUCCAAGGGUAAUCAUGUAUGGAAUAUUGAGGCUAAAAAAACACCUUCCGGUGGGUGGAUAUUUCGCGAGUUUACUCGCAAGAUAGCCGGAAUUCCUGAUAAGAUUGCCUAUGUCGGAACUAAAUAUACUUAUGCUCCCCGAGUUUGGGAUCCACAAGUUAAUGUAAAAUCUAUAAAAGCUGUAUUUCAUUCUCCAUGGUUACCGGAAUGGCUCCGUUGGGAAAAUAAUGUAUUGACGGGCACUCCAGAUAUGAAUUCAGAAACUUGUGAAAUCACAGCAAUUGCAAACUAUUAUCAUGGUGAUACUGUGUAUAAGCUUGAAAAAUCUUUUGUAAUUACUGUGGCACAUAUUGAUCAAUCUGAUGAGUUAAAUCUUAACUCUGUAGCUAUGGCCGAUUAUCAAUUACAAUCACAUCUUGGUUAAUCAUUUUGUAAGAGAUUAUAAAAUUUUUAGUAUAUUUGUUGAUCUAGUUAGAUUAGUUAGAAUUAGUAAGUUAUAUAUAAAUAUAUAUUUAAAAAGUAAGUAAUCUUUGGUAAACGAAACGGGAUAAAUUUGACAAACAAAGAAGUUAACUAAUGGCUGAAAAUUUGUACAAAUCUAAAUAUAAUUAAC